UUGAGGCUUAGGUUGGUCGCCCACAGUGAACUGCAGCUACCGAUUCUCACAUUGAUGGAAGUCGAGGAGUGAGACUUCUGUUGUCCGCUCUUGAAGUGAAUCAGUGCGUGAGUGAGGAGGCAUCGGACACCGUAGGCUGAGUUUUGAAGUGAGCGCAAGCCAGGGAUCGAGCAGGUUUCGGAAGAAGGGUUCCCUGCUCCUUUUCGCCGUACACGUAUUUCUUUCUGUUUCUCUCGGGCAGUGGACAUAAGUUUUCACCAUGCCGGUGUUUCACACAAAGACGAUAGAAAGUAUCCUGGAGCCGGUGGCUCAGCAGAUAUCACAUCUUGUGAUAAUGCACGAGGAAGGUGAGGUGGACGGAAAGGCGAUCCCAGACCUCAGCGCACCGGUGCAAGCGGUACAGUUGGCUGUCAGCAACCUCGUCCUGGUGGGUAAGGAGACCGUGCAGACCACAGAGGACCAGAUUAUGAAAAGGGACAUGCCCCCUGCAUUCAUCAAGGUGGAGAAUGCGUGUGGCAAGCUGGUGCAGGCGGCGUCGAUGCUGAAGGCCGACCCGUACUCCGUGCCGGCGCGAGACUACCUCAUCGAUGGCUCGCGGGGCAUCCUCUCCGGAACCUCCGACCUCCUCCUGACCUUCGACGAGGCCGAGGUGCGCAAGAUCAUCCGUGUGUGUAAAGGCAUCCUGGAGUAUCUGGCUGUGGCUGAGGUGGUGGAGUCAAUGGAAGAUCUCAUCACAUACACAAAGAAUCUGGGACCAGGCAUGACGAAGAUGGCGAAGAUGAUUGACGAGCGACAGCAGGAACUGACUCAUCAGGAGCACCGCGUCAUGCUCGUCAACUCCAUGAACACCGUCAAGGAGCUCCUACCUGUCCUCAUCUCAGGCAUAAAGAUCUUUGUGACGACCAAGACGUCUGGCAGCCAGGGCGUGGAGGAGGCCUUGAAGAAUCGCUGCUUCACGGUGGACAAGAUGAGCGCCGAGAUCCACGAGAUCAUCCGAGUGCUGCAACUCACCUCUUGGGAUGAAGACGCAUGGGCCAACAAGGACACGGAGGCCAUGAAGAGGGCGCUGGCACUCAUCGACUCCAAGAUGGCGCAGGCCAAGAACUGGCUCAGGGACCCCAACGCCCAGCCAGGUGAUCCGGGUGAGCAGGCCAUCCGUCAGAUCCUGGACGAGGCGGGUAAGGUGGGCGAGCUGUGUGCCGGUAAGGAGCGCCGGGACAUCGAGGGCACCGCCAAGGCCCUGGGGCAGAUGACCGACCAGGUGGCAGACAUGCGCGCCAGGGGCCAGGGUGCGAGUCCUGUGGCCAUGCAGAAGGCUCAGCAGGUGGCUGGUGGUCUGGACACGCUGGCCGGCAAAGUGGAGAACGCGGCACGCAAGCUGGAGGCCAUGACCAACUCCAAACAAGCCAUCGCCAAGAAGAUAGACGCCGCUCAGAACUGGCUGGCAGACCCCAACGCGAGCCCCGAGGGGGAGGAGCACAUCAAGUCCCUGCUGGCCGAGGCUCGGAAGAUCGCCGACCUCUGCGAAGACCCCAAGGAGAGGGAAGACAUCCUGCGCUCCAUGGGGGAGAUCGCGGCCCUCACCGCCAAGCUGUCCGAGCUCAAGAGACAGGGUAAAGGGGACACCCCUGAGGCCAGGGCUCUGGCCAAGCAGAUCGCCACCGCGCUGCAGAACCUGCAGUCCAAGACCAACAAGGCGGUGGCCAACAGCCGUCCGGCCAAGGCGGCCGUGCACCUGGAGGGCAAGAUCGAGCAGGCGCAGCACUGGAUAGACAACCCCACCCUGGACGACAACGGAGUGGGCCAAGCAGCCAUCCGUGGCCUGGUUGCCGAGGGCCGUCGCCUGGCCAACGCGUUGCCGGGGCCCCUGCGCCAGGAGCUGCUGGGCAAGUGUGAGCAGGUGGAGCAGCUGAUGGCCCAGCUGGCGGACCUGGCGGCCCGGGGAGAAGGGGACUCGCCACAGGCACGCGCCAUCGCACAGCAACUACAGGAAGCACUCAAGGAUUUGAAGGGUCAGAUGCAGGAGGCCAUGACCCAGGAGGUGUCGGACAUCUUCAGUGACACCACCACCCCCAUCAAACUCCUGGCGGUGGCUGCCACCGCCCCACCUGACGCCCCCAACCGGGACGCGGUGUUUGACGAGCGCGCUGCCAACUUUGAGAACCAUGCCAACCGGCUGGGUGCCACGGCCGAGAAGGCUGCAGCUGUGGGCACGGCCAACAAGUCCACCGUGGAGGGCAUCCAGGCCGCCGUGAAGUCCGCCAGGGAGCUCACACCUCAGGUGGUGUCUGCUGCCAGGAUCCUGCUGAAGAACCCAGGCAACCAGGCUGCGUACGAGCACUUUGAGACCAUGAAGAACCAGUGGAUCGAUAACGUGGAGAAGAUGACUGGCCUGGUGGACGAGGCGAUCGACACCAAGUCGCUGCUGGACGCGUCCGAGGAGGCCAUCAGGAAAGACCUGGAGAAGUGCCAGGUGGCCAUGGCCAAUCACCAGCCCCAGAUGCUCGUCGCUGGGGCCACCAGCAUCGCGCGCCGUGCCAACCGCAUCAUCCUGGUGGCCAAGCGCGAGGUGGAGAACUCCGAGGACCCCAAGUUCCGGGAGACGGUGAAGGCCGCCUCGGACGAACUCAGCCAGACCAUCUCGCCCAUGGUGAUGAACGCCAAGGCCGUGGCCGCAAACAUCCAAGACCAAGGCUUGCAGAAGGGCUUCCUGGACUCUGGCUACAAGAUCCUGGGGGCGGUGGCUAAGGUCAGGGAGGCCUUCCAGCCCCAGGAGCCCGACUUCCCCCCUCCCCCUCCAGACCUCGACCAGCUCCACAUCAACGACGAGGCCGCCCCGCCCAAGCCCCCCCUGCCGGAGGGUGAGGUGCCCCCACCGCGGCCCCCUCCCCCCGAGGAGAAGGACGAGGAGUUCCCGGAGCAGGCGGCCGGCGAGGUGGUCAGCGAACCCAUGAUGUUGGCCGCCAGGCAGCUGCACGACGAGGCGCGCAAGUGGUCCAGCAAGGGUAACGACAUCAUCGGUGCGGCUAAGCGAAUGGCCUUGCUGAUGGCCGAGAUGUCCCGUCUGGUGCGUGGCGGCAGUGGCAACAAGCGUGCCCUCAUCCAGUGUGCCAAGGACAUCGCCAAGGCCUCCGACGAGGUCACGCGACUGGCCAAGGAGGUCGCCAAGCAGUGCACCGACAAGAGAAUCCGGACCAACCUCCUGCAGGUGUGUGAGCGUAUCCCCACCAUCAGCACACAGCUGAAGAUCCUCUCCACUGUCAAGGCCACCAUGUUGGGUCGUACAAACAUCAGCGAGGAGGAGUCCGAGCAGGCCACGGAGAUGUUGGUGCAUAACGCCCAGAACCUGAUGCAGUCAGUGAAGGAGACGGUGCGGGAGGCCGAGGCCGCCUCCAUCAAGAUCCGCACGGACGCCGGCUUCACCCUGCACUGGGUCCGCAAGACACCCUGGUACCAGUAAAGCAGAGGGGGAACCAGAGGUCGGGCCUGAACCGUACUGUACCGGGCCUGAGUCAAGACUCCGGGCCAGACUCGGACCGGACCGGACCGUCACAACACAACACAGCAAAGCAAAGCACAGCACAGAUGAGAGUUGUGCAGUAGAGUACUAAAGUAGGGGUUAAUUACUGUUAGUGCCUCUAUUCUACCACUCUACUCCAUACUCUUCCUUCUGUGACAACCAGGGCUGCAUUUCCCAACCCCAUAGUUGCUAGCCAGGAAGAGUACUCGAAUAAUCUGGUUCAGUAGUACUACUGACCCAGGUUGAGCUAAUCUUGAGGUAGUGGUAAAUCAUCUAAUAGAAGAGCCUGGAGUUCUCAUUUUCUUAACUAAAUGACACCUGUGGGAUAUCUAUUAGCAGGUUUACCAUUUCUUGUAGGUUAACUAAGUCAGAUUCAUAACUAAACCAUGUUCUUGAAAUACCGCCCAGGGUGCGUUUCUCAACUGCAUUGACGUAAGCUAGUAAGUAAGUUAGUCAUUUAAUUUACUUGGUUGCAGUGCAAUUAGUUUAGCAAAGAUACAUUGGAGAAACAGGGCCCAGUUAAGUUAGCAACUGAAUUAGUUGUCAUGGGGCACUUGCAUUGUGUCACACUGCACAUCAAUAACUUAUGUUUGCAAGUGCAACUAUGGUUUUGGGAAAGUCCCAGUGAGAGAGCAGCCCUUGGUUUCAACAAAGAGUUGCAGCCAAAAUCCUAGAGUAAGGACCAUUGUUGUAGCUGGGUCGUAACGUUCACUGAAAAAAAACAAACAAAAAAAGCAUUGCUUUCACUAUUUUUUGUAUGGGUAUCUUAUUUUUUAACAAAGUUGUUCCUUUUCCCCCCACCAUGGGUAACUUUUUUUGUCAGUUGUCAAAAGCUAUCUUAGCGGAAUGUUAGAUAAGGGACAACCAAUGCAACUGGGUAAUUCAUUUUUGUACUAUGUAAAGAAAUACUUUGUCGUUGAAUUUUUUUGAGAAGAAUCCUGAGUAUAUAUUUUCUGUGGAGGUUUGAUUUUUGGUAUUACAUAGAGGUGGUUAUUUUCUGUCUCACUCUGUGAGGGGUUGAAACUUUAGGAUCUUUUCAAUGUUCAUUUGUUUUUGGAGGGGGGCAUUUUUUAAUAUCUUUAUACUGGUUAUAUAUAUGACAUUUUUUGUGUACUGAAGAAGUCAUUUCUUUUGCCUGGACAACCAUUUUAGCUCACAGAAAAAAAUAGCCUAUAGCCUUAUAUAGUUGGUUUGACACAAAAUGUAUUCACUGAUAUCGUAGUUUACACAAUAAUGUAAAACAAACACUGCUCUGGCACUCACAGUAUACAAUGAUGGUGACCUAAGGAAUGAUGAUUCUACACAAUGUGCUUUUGCUGUUCCACAAGUAUUCCUAACAGAAGGCCUACAGUAUAUACAUAACGUUGUCAGGAAAUACCAAAGAUUGAUGACUAUUUUCAAUUGCUUUCCUGUUCUGCUUAUUAAUCUUAGAUCUUUUGUUUUUAUAUCCAAACACUGUGCAAAGGGCUACAUUCUUGAAACUGUAAUGAAAUGUAAUGUUGGACACAACCAGGGCUGGACUGGGACAAAAAACAAACAAAAAAACACCUGGGCAUUUCUGGCUAUAACUGGCCCCCCACACAUACGAGCCACUCUCAUACUAUCCAGGGGUCCCUUUUCUCGAUUCUUGUCGUUGCUAACCGUCUUAAGACCGUCUUAAGACCGUCUUACCGUUCCCUUGGAUUUAGUGGUGAGCGUCGCUGUCGAGAGAGAGUUGAGUCGUUCGUACGAAGGACUUUGCUAACAACGUUAGCAAAGACGCUUUCGAGAAACGGACCCCUGCUUCACUGCUUUACAUAGUCCACUGUCUGUGUUGAAGAUGGACCAAUGGGCCACUCCUCUUAACUGUGGGCCUGUCCCUCAGGAAAAACAAACAAACAAACAAGUAAACAACCAUAUCGGCCCCUGGGGAGUGACGGCCAACCGGGCACAUGUCCUGUAUGCCAGAUGACCAGUCCAGCCCCGGUCACAAUGUGUAGUACCUGCACAAGAAGGCUGUUGAAUGUCAACCACAUGUCCUAUGUUCCUUUGAAGAAAAUGUGAGCUGUUUGUAAUAUUCAAGUCGUAGAAACAUCAUAAGCAGAGGUGUCAAUCCCGGGUUCAGAAAGUAAACAAAUUGCCACGAACUUGAACGAACCAGCUGUGAAGCAGCUCAUCUCUAUUGAGUACCCAAGGCAUGUAGACCAGCUUCUUGGGGAAGUCACAGAUGUUGGAAGGAAACUAUGGCAGGAUUUUCACUUCGGAUUUGGACCUCUGAUCACAGGUAUCAAGGAGAAGUUUACUGGUCCAUGCUUUUGAACUGGUGGAAAUGUAUCUGUUGUUCAGCACAAGUAGUGGUCACUAGUGUCUUGUCCAGUAGGGACUUUGCUAGACAAAGUCUGUGACCACCGCCAAGUUCAAUGUCUACACUAUACAAUACACUAAGAUUUCUCAUUAUGUGCGUGCAUAUUUAUAAGGAGAAAAGCUCAGGCUUCGCUUCCAUAUAGGAUGUUUUGCUUAAGUAGACCUAGUUUGAAUGUAAAUAUUGAUAUUUGUAGAAUCCUCCCUCCCCCUAACCCAUCUAAUGUGCCUUGGAAUAAAUGGGACUUUUAUCACCAACUAC